AGAUGUUCAAAUCGAAGUCGCGAUCGAAACCAGUUUUUGGAGAGCAAGUGUCAUCGGCAGUUCUGUUUGUGACACUGUGCGCGAGUGGCAGAGAUUACAAAUCGACAUUCUGUCUGUAUUCUGGGUGAAGUUCAUCUAGCUCGACACACACACACACACGAUGAGGUGGACCUGGGGUUUAUUGCUUCUCUUUGUCGGGCAGACGGUGGCCUACACCAUCCCGGCGGUACGUUUCGAGUACCCGACAAUGCGUGGAUUCCGUGCCAGCAUACCCGAUAUGCCCGGCUUACAGAUGUUCGCAUUCCACGCGCGCCUCAACAAACCCUUCGACCAGUUCGAGGAGGGUGAUUAUACCGAGGACGUAACGGCACCGGACGGGGAUGGACGGUGGAUGUUCGACACGAACAAACCCGCUCUCCCGAACGGUACCAUCAUCUACUACUGGGUGUAUGUGCAGUUCGCCAACGAGGGCUACUGGCUGACGGACAAGAAGCACACCGUAAUUCGUACGAAGGCUACAGUAGCUCCUAAAAGUACGACCACCACCACCACCACCACCACCACCACCGUUAAACCUACGACAACGACGCCUCCUCCCUGUCCACCGACACUUACCACAUUCAACGGGGGCCAGCCGACCUGUGCCGGGAAGCUGCUCUUCGAGGACACGUUCGAGCAGGGUUCAAGCUUCGCACCGAAAUGGCAGCAUGAAGUGCGCAUUCCACUGGACACUGAUUCGGCGGAAUUCGUGUCAUACCAGAGCUCGCCGGAAAACAGCUACAUCGCAGCGGGCCGUCUCGUCAUCGUACCGACGCUCGUGACGCAGACCGCGGACUACACCGAUGAGCGUAUCCGCACAGGAGAGCUGACACUCGCCGGCUGCACCUCACCCACCAACAAUCCGUACGAAUGCCAACGGAAAGCGGCCCGCUCGACGAUUCUACCGCCCGUGGUGUCCGCCAAAUUGAACACGAAACACUUUUUCCGCUUCCGUUAUGGACGGGUCGAGAUACGGGCGAAGUUGCCAAAGGGAGAUUGGAUUUUUCCACAGCUUUACCUACAGCCGUACGAAAACUACUACGGAUAUGCGGACUACGCCUCCGGCCAGAUGUGGAUAGCGCACAUUCUCGCGAACCGUAUGCUAGCGGCUGCCGACGGUAGACAAAUCGAUGGCCACCGGCUGCGGGGCGGAGUGCUGAUCACCAACACCGGACCAGUGCGGUCCGACUUUCUGCGCUCCAACCUGAACGAAGAGCACUUUGCCGAUCGGUUCCACGUGUACGGGUUGGUCUGGACGCCGGAACAAAUACUGCUCACCGUGGACGGGUUCCAGUACGGUGCGCUGCGCACCAAUUUCCGCCAGCACGCCCAGCAGCACAACCUAACGCAGGCCAACCUGUGGAGUGCGGACGCACCGUUGGCACCGUUCGAUCGGGAGUUUUACGUAUCGCUCGGUGUGGGUGUGGGUGGGGUGAAAGAUUUUCCCGACCACUCGCUAACCGGUCCGUCGCGGACGGCUAAACCGUGGAACAACACCAGCCCGAAGGCGGAAUACUUUUUCUACCAGAACCGCAACACGUGGUUCCGCACCUGGACCGAACCGGAGCUGACCGUCGAUUACGUGCGUGUGUACGCGCUGUAGGGGAGCAGUUUUUUUUUUUUGUGUAUGAAAUAAAGCAUUGUGCUUUAAAGCGGGCCAGAUAA